AUGGAAACCGUGCAAUGCCAGUGUGGAGUGUGGCUAUGCUCAUUAGCCUUUGCAGACUGGAAGGAGGUAGGACUCGAGUAUGGCUGUGGGAAACUCUGUUGCCUCUGCUCUGCAGCUAGGGUGAGGUCGACCAGGAGAGGCCCACACCAGAAGCUAAUCAGCCAGAGGCCAAGGUACAUUACAGUCCAUACAUCCUCCUUUGUGAUACCUGACCUCUCAAUGAGAUCCAGCAUUCUCUCCAGAAAUCUGCUCAUCUCAAACCUCUCAGCCUAUCAUAAAACUUGGGAAGCACCCCCAGCCGUGCGCAUUGUACACUCAGGGCAUGCCUGUAAUGUGGAGGAGGAGAGGCACACGGAGAGGGUCUACACCAUCCGAGAGGGAGAGACCCUAGAGCUUACCUGCCUUGUCACAGGGCACCCGCGACCACAGAUCCGAUGGACCAAGACAGCCGGCAGCGUGUCGGAUCGGUUCCAGGAUUCCAGUGUGUUCAAUGAGACUUUGCACAUUGCCAAGAUCCAGAGAACCCAAGGAGGUCGCUACUAUUGCAAGGCUGAGAAUGGUCUGGGCUCUCCUGCUAUUAAGUCUAUCAGAGUGGAUGUCUACUACCUGGAUGACCCAGUGGUGACGGUGCACCAGAGCAUAGGAGAAGCCAAGGAGCAGUUCUACUAUGAGCGGACUGUGUUCCUACGCUGCGUGGCCAACUCCAACCCGCCUGUCCGAUACAGCUGGCAUCGUGGGAGAGAAGUCCUGUCACAAGGCUCUGACAAAGGUGUGGAGAUCUAUGAGCCAUUUUUUACACAGCUGCAGGGGGAGACGAAGAUUUUGAAGUUAAAGAACCUGCGUCCUCAGGACUACGCCAACUACAGCUGCAUUGCCUCUGUCAGAAACGUCUGUGGUAUCCCUGACCGCAGUGUCAUCUUCAGACUCACCAAUAAGACAGCCUCCCCGUCCAUCAAGCUGCUAGUAGAGGACCCCAUUGUGGUGAACCCUGGCCAGACCGUGUCUUUGGUGUGCAUCACUACAGGCGGGGAGCCCAACCCCACUCUCAACUGGGUCAGCAGCAAUGACAGCCUGCCACAGAGGAGUGUGGUGAAGGGGGGCACUCUCACACUCCCGGCUAUCACCUCUGAUGAGGCGGGGAUCUACAGCUGCGUGGCCAGCAACAACGUAGGCAACCCAGCCAAGAAGUCCACCACCAUUGUGGUACGAGCAUUGAAGAAAGGCCGUUUCUGGAUCACUCCUGACCCCUACCACAACGAUGACAACAUCCAGAUCGGCCGUGAAGUCAAAAUAUCUUGUCAGGUGGAGGCAACACCACCAGAGGAGCUAACUUUUAGUUGGCUGAAGAAUGGGCGUGCCCUGCGGAGCUCAGAGCGCAUGGUGAUCACCCAGACGGACCCGGACAUCUCCCCCGGCACCACCAACCUGGAUAUCAUAGAUCUCAAGUUCACUGACUUCGGCACCUACACCUGUGUGGCUGCGCUGAAGGGUGGGGGCAUCCCUGAGAUCAGCAUCGACGUCAACAUCUCCUCCACAACUGUCCCUCCUCUGUUUUUCUCUUUCUUAGUUCCCCCCAACCUGACAGUCCCCCGGGGCAAGUCCCCCCUUGUGGCACGGGAGGGUGAGACGGUGGAGCUGGAGUGCCUUGUUUCAGGAAAGCCUAAGCCCAUCAUCCUGUGGUCACGGGCGGACAAGGAGGCACCCAUGCCGGACGGCAGCAUGCAGAUGGAGAGUUACGAUGGUGCUCUACGCAUCGUCAACGUAUCCCGGGAAAUGACAGGCUCCUACCGUUGUCAGACCAGUCAGUAUAAUGGCUUCAAUGUCAAGCCCCGCGAGGCUGUGGUGGAGCUGAUCGUGCAGUACCCUCCGACGGUUGAGCCGGUGUACAUGGAGAUGCGUCAGGGCCUCGGGAGGCCUGUGGUUAUGACCUGCAGGGUCCUACGAGCCCACCCGUCCCGCGUGCUACGCUUCGAGUGGCUCCUGUCGAACCGGCUGCUCCACGCGGGAGCCUUCGACGAUCAGAGGGACGAAACGGAGUACACCAUUCGCAGCCUGAACCGAGAUGGCUGGGGGGAGUACACCUGCAACGUCAUCAAUGAGGCCGGGGCAGGCAAAUGCACCUUCCAUGUAACAGGCAAGGCCUACCCUCCUGAAUUCUAUUAUGACACCUACAACCCGCUGUGGCAAAACAGGCCCAGGGUCUAUGGCUUUAAGCUCCAAUGGACCCAGAUGAACCCCAAUGCUGUGGACCGCAUUGUAGCCUACAGGCUAGGCAUUAGACAGACGGGGUUGCAGCGCUGGUGGGAGCAGGAGAUCCCAGUGGAGGGAACCAUCAAUAAAGGGGAGCUCAUCACUCACAACCUGACUGAACUUAUAAAGCCUGAGUCCUAUGAGGUGCGGCUCACCCCAAUAACACGGUUUGGAGAGGGCGACUCCACCAUUCGCAUUGUCACUUACAGCGCUCCCAUCAACCCCCAUCUGCGAGAGUUCCACUGCAGCUUUGAGGAGGAGCCGAUCUGCAUGUUCACCCAGGACAAGAACGACGAUUUUGACUGGACGCGCCACAGCGCUGCUACUCGUGACACAAAAUACACGCCCAAUACUGGACCCAGUGGGGACCGCAGUGGCUCUAAGCAGGGUUUCUAUAUGUACAUUGAGACGUCCAGGCCAAGAAAGGAGGGGGAUCAGGCACGACUCAUGAGUCCAUUUUUCAACGUGGCCCCUAAGAACCCCUAUGGUAUCACCAAUCCACCUGCCUACUGCUUUGGCUUCUUCUACCAUAUGUACGGGAAACACAUUGGGACUUUGAAUGCCUUUCUGAAACAGAAGGGUCAGACAGCCUCAGAGAGUCCUGUGUGGUCACUGAGCGGUAACCAAGGUGACCGCUGGAAGCAGGCCAAAGUCAGCAUUCAUCCAACAGCAUCCUUCCAGGUUGUUAUAGAAGGCAUCCGGGGCCCUGGCAUUGAGGGGGACAUUGCCAUUGAUGACGUCACACUGGAGGAAGGGGAGUGUCGAGACCCGCCACCCAAUCUCAGAUCAGUGGCUCCACCCGCCUCCUCCCAUAUAUGGCUGCUGUGCGUCACCUUGGUGAUGACCCUCCUGGAGGGUCAAAGGUGA